AUGCGUCCACUGGGGGCGGCAGAGGGCGCGCAGAAGGGAGCGCGCCGCCAUCUUGCCGGGCUGCGCGCGCAGCAAGGACCGACCCGAAGGCCCAACCCCGCCCCACAGCAUCCCGGUUUCUCCUCUCGAAAGGCCUCAGGCCUCAGGUACCUAAGGAUGCUAGGAGGAUUGUUUGCUAGCCAAAAGCAAAGUACGUGACAGCACUAGAACUGGGCACCAAUCUGACGGAGCUCUUUCUGUCCUACCUUCCUAUAUUUUAUUCUAAAAGCGGGAAAACAACGGAGGAUUUGAUGUUUUGUGUGGCGCCCGUUGGAACUGGAUCCAACAUGAACGUGACGAAAGGCGGGCUGGUCCUGUUUUCGGCCAAUUCCAACCCGUCGUGCAUGGAGCUCUCCAAGAGGAUUGCGGAGCGGCUGGGGGUCGAGAUGGGCAAAGUCCAGGUCUACCAGGAGCCAAACAGAGAGACGCGGGUGCAAAUCCAAGAGUCUGUGAGAGGGAAGGACGUCUUUAUCAUCCAGACUGUUUCAAAGGAUGUGAACACGACCAUCAUGGAACUCCUGAUCAUGGUCUACGCCUGCAAGACCUCCUGUGCCAAAAGCAUCAUUGGGGUGGUCCCCUACUUCCCCUACAGCAAGCAGUGCAAGAUGCGCAAGAGGGGCUCCAUCGUCUCCAAGCUCCUGGCUUCCAUGAUGUGCAAAGCGGGUCUGACCCACCUGAUCACCAUGGAUCUGCACCAAAAGGAGAUCCAAGGGUUCUUCAACGUCCCUGUGGACAACCUGCGAGCCUCGCCAUUUCUGCUCCAGUACAUUCAAGAAGAGAUCCCAGACUACAGGAAUGCUGUGAUUGUGGCCAAAUCUCCCGCGUCGGCAAAGAGGGCCCAGUCCUUUGCCGAGCGCCUGCGGCUGGGGAUCGCCGUCAUCCACGGAGAAGCGCAGGAUGCAGAGUCCGACCUGGUGGACGGCCGCCACUCGCCUCCCACCGCCAAAAGCGUGGCCGCCAUCCACCCCAGCUUAGAGAUACCCAUGCUGAUCCCAAAAGAGAAGCCUCCCAUCACGGUGGUCGGAGACGUCGGCGGGAGGAUAGCCAUCAUCGUGGACGAUAUUAUUGACGACGUGGACAGCUUCCUCGCCGCGGCCGAGACGCUCAAAGAGAGGGGAGCCUACAAGAUUUUUGUCAUGGCCACCCACGGCCUUCUCUCCUCAGACGCUCCCCGGUUGAUAGAGGAGUCCGCCAUCGACGAGGUGGUGGUCACCAACACGAUUCCCCACGAGAUCCAGAAGCUGCAGUGCCCCAAGAUCAAGACGGUGGACAUCAGCCUGAUCCUCUCGGAGGCCAUCCGCCGGAUCCACAACGGGGAGUCCAUGUCCUACCUGUUCAGAAACAUCGGGCUGGACGACUGACCGACGGGGACGGGCGGAAGGCGACUUUCAGGGGCCAAACUGGACAGGGACAGAAACCGAGCUGUGAAGCGUUUUGUGGCUUAACUACACUUUGUACUUUUGGGCGGGACAUGUUUCCUCUCGCCACGUUCCCUUCCCCUCCCUCCCUCCCUCCCUUCCUCUUUUCUUCCUCACAUUUCAGAUAAGGUUUUUCAAGACAUUUCCUAUGAGAAAAGCAGGCCUGAUCCGGGAAAAUGGCGGAAACCCAAUUUUUCAGUAUUUGCUGUUAGAGGAGUUGUGCGUUUUCUUUCUUCUAGGAGUUUAUUGUGGCCGUGGGACACUCUGACGGGCCACAUUUCGCCCCCAAAAUACCCCUUAGGGAGAGUUUAGACUCUUUUGAGGCAGCUGUGACCAUUUUAGGCUUCUAUUCACUUCUGAUACUAAAAUGACACCGACUUCGUUGGGUCCGAAAUGGCUCAAGAAUGCCUUCAAAAUAAUCCUACGUAACAUUGACCUAAGUGGUUCAAAGAUGCCUCCGAAAUCCCGAAAUAGUUCAAAAAAAGUAUGUCCCGCCAAUGUUAAUUCUUUUCUAGAACCUUUUUGCUACACAAGGGAUGCAUUUCCGUCCCCAUCCUUUAAGCCAUGAAGAAAUAAUUUAUAGAAAUGUCCCUCAAUAUUUCAAAGGGGCUUUGGAGGCAUUUUGGGAGACGAGGACCAAAAAAAGGGAGAUUUUCCCAACCAUUUAGUGGGAAAAAUAACUCUGAUUAAUCCCUCCCUGCUUUUCCUCUUCCAUCCGAAACAGCUUCGCUUACAAGUGCUUUAAAGGGUUAGCAAUAUACGCUGUCGUUCGCCGUUCAGUGACAUUUCUCUUUUUGUUCUCGUUUUUUGUAGAAGUGCUUUUAUAGGGGAGGGGAGAGAAGCGUAUGGAAUAUGCACUGGUAUUUAUUUUCUGCCACCGGAAGAAUAAAUUUUUUUCUGUUUUUC